UGCCUUGAGGAGGGAUGAAAGGAUGACAUCACAGGGAGGUGGACGAAUAUGAAUGCCGGGACCUGUCAGGAAAAAGACGAGAUAGUAUAAUUGGCAUCGAAUGGAGGAGGAUUAACGUGGCAGGUGGGACCUGUCGGCACAAAAUAAGAGGCGAUCGUGUAACUUUUAUCAGCAGUGGGGAAGGUUUCGACGAGGAUUUCUUAGAAUACGGAGAUUUUACAGGGGGCGGGAGAGCAGCACUCACUUUUCAGAUAGAUGUCCUAAAAUGGACCCCGUACUGGUGAUGAUAGAAGCUGAGCCAUAAUCUAUGGCUAAAUUCGCCAUUUUUAUUAGGCUUGUGUAAAUGCUGAAGCUUUAACGGAGUAUUAUCUAGGCGUGAUUAAAUUCCCCGAUAGAACUAAAAGCAAGGUGGACCGGCAAAGUCACGGACAAGCAAAGACACUCACAAGGAGUUACAAUUUGCAAACCGCUAUUGCUUAGUACAGAGGGCGUAAAGAGGAGAUGACUGGGAUGUGGUAUCCUCCGGCUUUCCUUUUAAUCGUUGCUGGAUUUGUGUACAGUACCUGGAGUAUACAAGUAAACAAACAUAAACCAUGGAUAGAAACCGCUUACCAUGGUAUUGUGACAGAAAAUGAUAAUGCUGUUUUGUUGGACCCUCCACUAAUUGCAUUGGAUAAAGACUCUCCUCUCCAAUAUGCAGGAGCAAUUUGUGGUUUUAAAAUUCAUGACCCGGAUGUCCCCUUUGAGGCAGUUGUGGUUGACAGAUCCACUGGGGAAGGUCUAAUUCGUUCUACCAAGAAACUGGACUGUGAGUUACAGAAGGACUACACCUUCUCGAUUCAAGCCUAUGACUGUGGCAAAGGACCUGAUAGCUCUGCUGUAAAGAAAUCUCACAAGGCAUCAGUACAUAUACAAGUGAAUGAUGUGAAUGAGUAUGCACCAAUCUUCAAGGAAAAAUCCUACAAAGUCACUGUCAGAGAAGGGAAAAAGUAUGAUAAUAUAUUAAGGGUGGAAGCUAUAGAUGCAGACUGUUCUCCUCAGUUCAGUCAGAUAUGCAGCUAUGAGAUUGUUACACCCGAUGUGCCUUUCAUCGUUGAUAAGGAUGGUUAUAUUAAGAACACUGAGAAAUUGAUUUAUGAAAAGGAACAUCAAUAUAAACUUACUAUUACUGCCUAUGACUGUGGGAAGAAAAGGGCAGCAGAAGACGUACUAGUAAAAGUAACAAUUAAACCAACAUGCAAAGUCAAUUGGCAAGGAUGGAAUAAAAGAAUAGAAUAUGAACCUGGUUCUGGUUCUUUAUCACUGUUCCCUGGGAUACACCUGGAAAUUUGCGAUGAACCUAUUACCUCUAUUAAAGCACAUGUACAAUUAGAAACAAGUCAUAUUGGCAAAGGAUGUGACAGGGAUACAUACUCUGAAAAGUCAAUUCACAAACUGUGUGGGUCUUCAUCUGAUGUAGUAGAACUGCUUCCAACUCCCAGCAUUACCACAAACUGGACCUUAGGGCUUCCCACAGAUAAUGGGCAUGAGAGUGACCAGGUGUUUGAAUUCAAUGGCACUCAGGCAGUAAAGAUUCCAGAUGAUUUUGUGACUUUGAACCUGGAUGAGCCCUUUGUGAUUUCUGUUUGGAUGCGACAUAGAACUGGAGGCAGAGAGAAGGAAUCCAUUUUGUGCUAUUCUGACAAAACAGUAGAAACAAAUCAGCAUCACUAUUCUCUCUACAUACACAACUGCAAGCUAGUUUUUUUCAUCCGCCAGUUGGUUUCAGAGGAUAUGAUCUACAAACCAGCAGAAUUCAGUUGGAAACUGAAACAGGCAUGUGACAAGGAGUGGCACCAUUAUGUUCUGAAUGUAGAGUUUUCCACUGUCACACUGUAUGUAGAUGGUGCCUUAUAUGAGCCUUUUGCAGUAACUGAAGACUACCCUAUGUAUCCUGAUCCAAUAAACAGCCAACUGGUUGUUGGUGCUUGUUGGCAAGGUGGUGAAAGACACAUGAGUCAAUUCUUCAGUGGAAACCUUGCAGGACUAAUGAUACAUUCAGGGAAACUGGAGAACAAAAAAGUUAUAGAUUGUUUAUAUACCUGCAAAGAAGGACUGGAAUUACCCACUGUAGAUGGAAAUGGUAAAGUUAUAAAGAUCAACUUAAAUGCCAGCCCUUCUGACCUGAUUUUGGAAGGAGAUGAUAUUGAUAGCUGUGACCAGGCAAUGCAGCAAGUUUCCUAUGUCAACUCACGCCAGUUUCCCACUCCUGGAAUGAGGCGGUUUACAAUCACCACCAGUGUAAAAUGCUUCAGUGAGGAGGCAUGCAUUACCGUACCAGAUGUAGAAGGUUAUGUCAUAGUUUUGCAGCCAGAGGAGCCCAGGAUCAGUUUAAAAGGCAUUGACCACUUUGCUCGUUCUGCCUCAGAAUUUGAGAGUAAUGAAGGGGUGCCACUGUUCCCCGAGUUGCAUAUAAUCAGCACAAUUACAAGAGAGAUAGAGAGUGAUGCUGAUGGAGAAGAUCCUACAGUUCAAGAAUCACUAGUCUCUGAAGAAAUUGUGCAUGACUUGGACACUUGCGAGAUUGUUGUGAUGGGAGAGGAGCUGAACCCAGGAGAGGAGAGUCUUCAUCUGGAUAUGACCCACCUACAGCAGACAAGAAUUGAGAUGAGCAGCUCAAAUUAUGGAAUUAGCCUCACAGGUAUUGAUUCCAUGGCAAAUUAUGAAGAGUUACUGCAUCUAAUUCGCUAUAGAAACUGGAAUACUGCCUCUUUAUUUGACCGGAAAUUUAAAUUGAUCUGCUCUGAACUGAAUGGGCGAUACAUUAGUAAUGAGUUCCAUGUGGAGGUGAAUGUCAUCCACACUGCCAGCCAUGUUGAUGUUCCAAAUCAUAUUCUGGCUCAACCCCAAUUUGUCCAUCCAGCGCAUCCCCUUUUUGGAGACUUGACUGGCCACAACAUUGCUAACCCUCGUGCUUCAUCAGUUGUUCCCAGCGCUGCUACCAUUGUAAUUGUUGUUUGUGUCAGUUUCCUGGUCUUCAUGAUUAUACUGGGAGUAUUUCGUAUACAUGUGACCCAUCAGCGUGCAAUGAGGGAUCAAGAAGGAGGCAAGGAAAAUGAGAUGGACUGGGAUGAUUCAGCUCUUACAAUAACAGUUAACCCAAUGGAGACAUUUGAAGGACAACAAAGCAGUGGGGAGGAGGAGGAGGAGAGUGAAGAAGGGGAAGAAGAUGAUGAUAUCACAAGUGCAGAAUCUGAGUGCAGUGAAGAAGAAGAAGAAGAUGGGGAACAAGAAGGUGAUCAACAGAAUAUACAUAAGCAACAACAGCUUGAGUGGGAUGAUUCCACCUUAACCUUUUAAUCUUUGUUACCCUGGAACCACAGAGAACACUAAUUUUUCAAUUGUUAACAGUGUAAACAUCCAUUCCAGAUGCUUAUGGCAUGCUUUCCUAUUAAAUAUAUAUAUGGAAGUCUAACAUUCUUUUGUUAUUUUUCUGUUUAGGUAUAAGUGUUUCAUCCAUUUUUGAACAUUAUGCAUCUUUUACCAGUAUUUAAUUACAAAAGGGGCAAAUGUCAUUUGCCCCUGAAGAUGCAUAAAUUAAAAGGACCAGUAAUAAAUGACCAGUAACUUUCAUUUACAUUUGUGGUGUUCAGAUCUGUUUGGCCAGCACCUACAAAUACCAGCAGCCUAAUUUUACAUGAGAGAUUUUUGGCUGUGUAGAGAGCUAUGAAUGAUAUUUCACAGCUGUUUCUCUCCAUUUAUCUACUUAAACCACUUUAUUGUAAAAGCAUCACUGUUAUCUGCUGGGUAUCAGUGAUCCUACAACACUAUUAAUUAAAGCUUUAAUUAAAACUUUAAUGGCAGCUCCAUGGCUACAUAUUAGCUUGCUUAUGUAAGCUUUAAUUGGACAUCUAUAGUACACACACUUUUUAACCACUGUAGGAUAAGCAACAUUAUACAAAAUUGUUUGCAUUUUUUGUGUUACUGGUCCUUUAAUAGAAGCAUAUGGACUCCAUAUAUAUGCCAUAUAGACCAGUGAUAUUGUUUUUACAACUAAAUUAGUGCAUGUCAGAUUGUCUGGGUGUGCAGAGAAUAAGCUUUUUAGUAUUUUUUUGUAGCUAAAAUUUUAAAUCUGAUCCAUAGAACAUGGACUGCAGCAACUGAGACAAAUCUGAGACGUGACUCAGCCUCAGUUUUAAGAGUGCUACUGUGCUUUAUAUCUUACUGUCAUAGAAGGAAUGAAACUGUUAUGCACAUAACAAAAAUUCAUCAUUUCAUAAUUGCCUGUAGGAUGUGUGCACAGAAGUAUUUUGUGCAUGUUUUUUUUACAUUUCACUCAUUUCAUGCUCACUGCUAUCAUAGAUUAUGUGCAUGCACAGGAGCACACAGUUUAGAGGAGGCUUUUCAGACAACUGCUUUGUUUUUCAAGCUUGCUGGGGGAUAAUUUUAUUGUAAUAAUUCAGUAUUUGAACCAUAUGUUCGUGUCCCUCCAUUUACUCCAUAUCUGUGCCUGCAGAGUUUUAGAUGAUGGCAUUUUAAUUACAGCCAUGGCACAGUGUCUAUAUUGCUGAUAAGCCACUUUUACUGUUGUAGAAUUGUGAGUGAUAUCCAUGGUAUCCCUGGUAGUAAUCAGUUAUGACCUGCAAAUCCUUAAGAGUGAAUUAGAAAUUAACUCACAGAAUUUAAAUUCAUAUCUGAGAUUAUAUACUAGAGAAUAGAUUUGAUCAAAAUGCUCUAUAUCAUAUUCCUAAUGAACUGUUUACAUUUUUCCUGUUUGGGUAAAUUAGGAUAUUGUCAUUUCUGCUGAAAUAAAAUUGUGAAAAAAACAUGAGUUCUUUGGGGUAGCUUUGGGUAGUCGAGUCUAGGUUUAAAUAUUUAUCAGCAGAUUUAAGGUAUAGUAAUUUAAAUUACAGAAAGAUACCUUGUCAAAAAACCCUAGGUCCCAACAAUCCUGAAUAAUACAUAGUAACAUAGUAAGUUAGAUUGAAAAAAGACCUACCACGCCCAUCAAGUUCAACCUUUUAAUUUUUGUUAUUCUGCCUAACUGCCAGUUGUUACAGAGGAAGGCAAAAAAAACCUCAGACGGGCUUCCCUGAUCGAUAUCUGGCUGAAAGUCGGGCAGAUGUCGAUUGGAUGGGACUAUAAAUCCUGUCGGAUCGUGGGCCGCACCUGUUCGUUGAUGCGGUCCCGCAAUCCGCAUGUUUACCCAUCAUUAUGAUCUGAUUGUUGGGCUCUAGGGACCAUGAUCGGAUCAGCCCGAUAUCGCCGACCUCAAGGUGGGCAUAUCGGGGAGAGAUCCGCUUGUUUGGCGAAAUCGUCAAACGAGCAGAUCUCUCUGUGUAUGGCCACCUUAACUGUAUGUGCAUCAUAGUGUGUGUCAUUUUUAUCUGCUUCACAGUGUAACCUGGAGAUUAAAUGGUAAGAAAGAAAGAAAAGACAAACUGAACAAGUUUAAUUAUGAUCCAGUGGAUCCACUUUGUCCACUUAUAUAAGAAAUGUAUUACCCCCACUCUUGAAGUUCUAAGAGAGAACCCGCAGAUAAGUUAAUUUGGUUACACUAUAUAGGUAAAUAAUUACUAUCAUUUGUUAAAUUUUAUAUAGGAAAAGGAUGAAGGGAUUUUUGACUAAAUAAAUGACAAGCUGAAAUGUAACACUGGAAAAUGUAACAUAUUUCUGGCAAUCGUCAUGUUCAUGUGUAGUUCUGUCCUUUCAUAAUAUCGCAGUUAUUACUGUAUGUAGAUUAAAUUCAGUGCAAACUGUUAAUGUGUUCUAAACAUUCUUAUGCUGAAUGUAGCUGUGGAUCUAGCAUUAUAAAUUUGUAUGUUUAGUGGAAGACCAAAUAGAGCAUUCUAUGGGCUACAAUAAAUUUCUGGUUCUAAA